UGGCAACAGCGCGAGGGAGACGAGGAGGCGCCACCACGCAUGCGCAGUAAUCCCCCGUCAGCGGUGCCGGGAGGAUCUUCUGUCACUCUCUCUCGUGUUGCCUCUCGACCUGCACGUGGCGCUCCUGUGACCUCGCUCGCCUGUCUCAGGACGCGCCGGCAAAGAGCUUAUGGACACGAGGUCAGAGUAAAAAAAAAGAAUAUAAGAAAAAGUUAAAAAAAAAAGUACAGCGUUGUAAUCUGAACUGGGAAAGAAAAUAGAAUACAUAAAACUACCCAUAAAAAAAAAAAAAAAAAAAAAAAAACUGGAUGUAUUCUUUAUUAGUUGGAAGAUGUAGGCCUUUCAUCAUCUAUUAGAUAAGGUUGAUAAGAAGUUUGUUUUUUUUCAAACAUGAACCACUGUCUGUUCCUAUGUGUUAGAUAAUACAUAUCCGAAAAAAUCAUUCAUUCCUAUUGAUACUAAAACUUUUACAUACACUCUGAACCUUCUAGAAGUCGGGCCAAGCGCAGUGAAGCCAAACGAGGCUCUAUAAGUAGCCAUUCCUCUCGUAACACAAGAACAAGAAAACCACGUGUUAUAGCAGAGUUCUUGCGGUGUGCGGAGACUCAACCGUGGUCUCAUCCUUGUAAACAGUGUUAAGUGUCACACCAUGGCAACCUCAAAGUUUAUAAUUGCUGUAUUCAUUUCCUUCGUGUUCUUCGGGCCCCUUCUCACUCAGGGAACCGAAGAAGAAGAGGAGGAAGCCCCACCUCCGGACAUCACGUGGGGGCAGCCUCACUCCGACACGGCCUACUUCGACGAUGACAUCCCGGCCAACGUCACGGCGGUGGUCGGUCACAAGGCGGAGCUGCCCUGCCGAGUGCACAACCUGGACAAAGAAGAUGUGUCAUGGAUACGGCAGCGUGAUCUACACAUCCUCACUGUAGGAAUCUUUACCUACACGAGUGAUGAAAGGUUUAAGGUAUUCCACCCCGAGAAGAGCGACAUCUGGAACCUCGAGAUAAGCUCAGUUACCUUCAGGGAUGCUGGUGUUUAUGAGUGCCAGGUGUCGACGAGCCCGAAGAUUUUCCUGCCUAUUCUGCUCGGCGUUGAAGUGCAACAAGCGAAGAUCCUGGGACCGUCUGAAGUCUACAUCAAGAACGGUUCCACCAUCAGCCUGAUCUGCACCGUGAACACACACUCGGAGAACGUCGGUGUUGUCUCGUGGUUCAGGAACAAUGCUGAGCUGAACUACGAGUCCCCGAGAAUCACCGACUUCUCCUCAAGGGGAGGUGUGAGCAUCGAGAUCGAAAAGACGCUCUCAAGGACGACCUCGAAGCUGUACAUCACGAGGCCAUCAAGAAGGACUCGGGGAAUUACACCUGUGCUCCUCAAUUCGCUGAAGCCGCGUCCGUCAUCGUGCACGUGGUUAACGGUGAGGAAUCUGCCGCUGUACAGACAGGAAAUUCAGUAACAUUGCAAAGUGACGCGCGUGUUUUAGGCCUCUCGUUGGUAUUGUUCUCGCUCUUGGUUACGCGGUGACCUGCUGCUGCUGGUCCCCACUUUUAAACAAUCAUUUUGUACAAGAGCAAAUACGUCAGAGUAUUUUUCAGUGAGUUGUGACUUCUACAAGUAAUGGAAUGAAAGGUGAAGUCCCCUCUUUGAACACUACUACAUGUUUCUUACCUCGUAUUUUCUGUAAAACUGCAGACCUGGAAAACUUUUUUUUUCAUCACUUAAGAGUAGAAAUGUUUAUAGUUAUUAAAUACUCCUGCAUUUUUAAUUCUGAUUUUUCAUUCACAGCAAAUACUGUACGAAGUCUAAUGCCAACUGGCAGGUUGUUCGUUUGGACAGUUAGUGUCCUUUCCAACACAAACCUUUAAAAUGCAUACAGAUCUAAACAAAUGCUCGAAACAAACCACACAUAAAGAUAUAUAUACAUGAAUACAUUUAUAUA